UUAAUAGUAUCAUGGGAACCGAAGAGUCUCUAUUGGAAACUAGGAGUUAAUAGUGUUUACUGGAAACCGAAGAGUCUCUUUCUUGUAAAGUGUGUAUCAUCUCUUGUAUAAAUUAGGUACCUGCUAAGUAAUAAGUUCUAAGUUUUGGACUCACAAAGUCCUGAGUCUUGAUUACUCUUUACAUGGUAUCAGAGCCUGGGGUUUGUCUAUUUCUUCUCAAAUCCAGAAGACAACACCUACCAGACCAGGCCUUACCUUGGUUCAUUAUCUUCUUCCUCUGCUUCAUUAGCUUAUCACUGUUACUAUGGCCUCAUCCUCAUCGAGCAUGGUCCAGCAAGGUUCAGGAGUCCAGAAAAGUCCCUUUUCAUUUGCCUUUUCAGGAACUCCCUCUAUUACCUCUGAGAAACUCAAUAGCAAAAAUUAUAUGGAUUGGUCUUCGGCUGUUGAGAUUUGGUUCCUUAGUCAAGGGCUUUCGGAUCACCUCGAAACUCAAGUAGCGGAGCAUGAUGAUGUAUCGAAGGCUGAAUGGCAGAGAGUUGAUUAUCAGCUGGUGUCUCUUCUUUGGCAGUCUAUUGACCCAUCACUCUUGGUUCAUUAUCGCUCCUACAAGUCCUGUUAUGAUAUCUGGAAAAAAGCUAAGAGUGUUUAUGUCAAUGACAUUCAACGGCUCUAUGAUUCUGUCCAUAAUUUGGCAACUCUUCAGAUGCAGGAUCAUGACUUAACUUCAUAUCUCAACAAAGCCCAGUCCACGAUUCAUCAAGUCAAGAUGCACCUAACAUACAGCGAUCCCAGCAAAGUGUUGGAGAAAUUGGAUCAGAUGUAUAUGGUGUUUGUUCUUCACGGAUUACAUAAGAAUUUUGACAGUGUCAAGAAUCAAGUCCUUACCAACCCAAAUAUUCCUACUGUCGAUGAACUCAUUGAUCGGUUGGUUCGUGUGCCAUUGACCGAUGGGUCUCUCAAAACUGAAGUUGAUUCUGCUAUACUCUUUACCAACUCUGAUCGUGGAGGCCGGGGUCGUGGACGUGGGAGAGGAGGUCGUGGAAAUCGACCACAGUGUUCCCAUUAUAAUCGAAUAGGACAUACUCGAGAUCGAUGCUUCACUUUACAUGGCUUCCCAGCAAAAUCUGCAAAUAUGUCACAGGUGCAAGUGGUAAACUCAGCCAAGAAAGAUGAAUCUCUACAAGAAAACAAGUUCGUCGUGUCUAACGACGAAUAUAAAGAGUUCCUUAAUUUCAAAGCUGCUUCUAGCGAUGUAGCAGCCCUAGAACUUCAAUCUGGUAAUUCUUCGGUUUGCUUUUCUCACUCUUUGCCCUCUUCCUCCUGAAUUCUGGACUCCGGUGUAUCCGACCAUAUUGCUGGUAAUCCUUCAUUGCUUUCAAACUUGUCUUCCACAAAAAAAAACCCAUGUUAUAACCCUUGCAGAUGGUUCAAAAAUACAACCUGCUGGAGUAGGCAAAAUUUCUCCCCUUCCUACUCUAAAUUUAGAUUCUAUUCUUCUUGUUCCCGGCAGCCCGUUUAAUUUACUAUCAAUUAGUAAGUUAACUCGCUCUCUCAAUUGCUCAGUAACCUU